GUUUCCUGAAAAUAGCUUUAAAACUGAGCGUCUUGUUACCAUAAAACGGACGGGCGGCAGACAGACAGAAGGACGUGGCUAAUUCAACUUGUCUGUUGCUAUUUAAAUACACUGGCCAAAACCAAAAUGAAAACCAAAAUUAUCUGGAUACCUUAUUAAAAUGUCAUCCAAUAAAAAAGUUAGUCCCCGCAAGAAGAACCCAUCUGCCAUUAUAUCGAUCCUCUGUCCAGAUGCCGAUAAGCCCAAGAAGGAACCUAAGCCCAAGAAAGAAUCCGAGUCCGAUGGCCUUGAGGCCAAGGAAUGUCCCCGAACGAAAAACUUUAGGUCACCAGCAGACAGGCGAGUAUAUCUGGAACAAGAGGUGGUUCCCAUUCUAAUGGAGGGUAUGUUGGGACUGGCCCGCGAAAUGCCCCGCGAUCCCAUCGGUUAUCUGCAGAAGUUUUGGCUUGAAGACAAGCACAAGUGUGAUAUUCGAUUGCCGCAGAAUAUUCUUUAAUAACGUCUUUGGUAUUACCCAAUCAAAUUUCAAAUUGUCAGCUAAUUAAAUGUUUCU